CCGCAUUCACUCGCUUUCACAAACGCAGAACGACGUAUCGUCACUAAUACCGUCAACCUCACCAACAACACAAUCUACAUAAUAAUCAACAUGCGUUUCUCGACUGCUGCUGUUGCCGGCUUCGCCGCCGUUGCGCUCGCCCAGAACACCACCGUCGCCCCGGUCUACGUGACUGACGUUGUCACCGCUUUCACCACCUACUGCCCGUCGUCCACUCAACUCACCCACAACGGCGUUACCUACACGAUCACCUCCGCCACCACCUUCACUAUCACCGACUGCCCAUGCACCGUCACCCGACCUGUCACCUCGUCACAGCACUAGCUCCACCACCUCGUACGCGAUGGGUCUGAUCACGCCGAGCACAAGCCCUGCUGGCACCUCUCCCGUGACGACGCCCCCGACCGUUAUCACCUCCUCCGGCACUGCCAUCCAUCUCGCUUCUCAUGGAAACGGGCU